AGCGCAACGACCGUCAAGUUUAUAGCCACGGAGUGCUCUGCUCUGCCGACAGAAAAAAAAAAUUCCUACCAGCAAUUAAGCCAUGGGAAAAAUCGGGGAAGCAUCGACCUCGCAGUCCCUUUCGAAAUCCUUCACCAUUCCAAAUAAGCUCCACAGACAAGCACACUAUGCCCGAGUAAAAUCCGCCGUCGAAUCCGCAAAGCGCAAAGCGCGAUUCCAGCGAAAGAAGGACGAAGACCGAAACCCGGCCCUUCGCGAGGAGCGUUUGAAAAAGAAUAUCCCAGCAACCCUCGAGAGGAAGCGGGUAUGGGACGAGCGAGUCGAUGGCGGAAUUCCAAACCGUAUCGAGAAGCCAUUGGUAGAAGGGGAGGAAGAAGCCAGCAAGCGUCGAAAGACCCAAGCAGAUGACGAGGAAGAAGACGAAGAAGCCAAACUCCUGGCAGCGCAUGAGAAAGCGCAAGCCGAGAAAGCAGAAGAGCAAGAGACUAUGGCGCUAUUCCCAACACUGGAGACACCGGCCGGCAUCUCCACUCCGAAAAUCCUGAUCACCACCUCGAGGAACUGCCACAUCCAUGAACCCGCCGAACAGCUCACCCACCUAUUCCCAAACUCGACAUAUAUCCCCCGCGGCCGCGAACACAAGUUCUCCAUCAAGGAGAUCAGCGCAUUCGCCUCGAAUCCAACGACUACAACCCCGUCCGGCAAUCCGCGUGAGCCAUACACGCAUCUGAUGGUGGUUAAUGAGGACCGGAAGAUCGUGAACGCGCUCACAAUCGUCGUUCUCCCCGCGGGACCAACCUUUCACUUCAGUCUUACAAACUACGUUCCCCCGAAGCGCAUCAGCGGGCACGGGAAGCCCACAGACCACGUGCCCGAGUUGAUAUUGAACAAUUUCCUCACUCCGCUGGGGAAGCUUACAUCUAGUCUUUUCCAGUCCAUGUUUCCGAGGCAACCCGAGAUCCGUGGAAGGCAGGUCGUUACCUUGCACAAUCAGCGGGAUUACAUCUUCUUCCGCAGGCACAGGUAUGUUUUCCGCGAGAGGCGCGAGACGGAAAAGCCGGUGGGCUACGGACUUGAGGAUGGGGGCAAGGAUGGCGGGAACGGGAGUAAAGGAGAUGAGAGUAUUCCGAUCAGGGUUGGGUUGCAGGAGCUUGGGCCGCAGUUUACGUUGAAGCUUAGGAGAGUGGAGAGGGGAAUUAAGGAGGGGGUUGAGUGGGAGUGGAAGGGGGAGAUGGAGAAGGAUCGGAAGAGGUUUCAACUCUAGAAUGGUUUUUCUUAUAUCUCGGUGUUGUUGUGUUUGGAAAAAAAUUUCUCCAUGUGUACGAUAUUAUGAACCAAUAAUUCCUCGUAAUCAUCAUUCGUUGUGGGUCGUCAACCGUU